UUGAUAUUUGAAAGCAUUUUGUUUAGAUGACCACUAUUAUGCAAACUUUCAAGCCAAAAAUAUGUUUUUGCUUAAAAUUUUUAAAAGUUAAUGUUAGUUCUCUGAGUCCACUUGCAACAGCUUUUAAUAAAUGUCACUUAGAAUUAGAAAAUGUUAUUAAUAAUGUGAAUAAUGUAGGGUUGUUCGGUAUUUCAGAAUUAAAAACUGCAGAUGGUUUCAAUAUUUUAAAAGAUAAUUUGUUCACACUCUCUGAAGGUUUAAUUAAAAAAGCAAUACAAAAGUCUCCUUCACCUGAAGUUAUUUUUAUAUUUGAUGAUCUUUCAAAUGAGUUAUGUAAAGUAGCUGAUUUAGCAGAGUUUGUACGCGUUGCUCAUCCAAUAAAAAGCUUUGAACACGCAGCAGAGAGUACAUCUUUUGAAAUAGGUGGUUAUGUUGAAAAACUAAAUACACAUUAUGACUUAUAUAGUGCACUAAACAAUUCUUUCCAGAAAUGCUCUGAACAACUUGACCCUGUCACAAAAAUGGUUGCUUCUUUGUUUUUAUUUGAUUUUGAGCAAAGUGGAAUUCACUUGGAUAUAGAAAAAAAAAAGAGAGCUGUUGAAAUGCAUGAGGCUUCGUUAAUGUUAGGGGCUCGCUUUACUCAAAAUGCUCAAAAACCAAGAUUGUUUUCAGUUAGCAAAUGGCCAAAAGAAAUUCCAAUACCUUUUAAAACAAAUAAAUCAAAAAUAAUUGUUGAUAGUAAUUACAGUGAAUCAAGUGAUCCUAAAUUGAGAGAAAUCUGUUACAAGGCUUUUAUGUCCGAAUGUGAGGAGCAGUCUAACCUUUUAAAUGGUUUGUUGUAUGCUCGUAAAGAACUUUCUAAUGUCUUAGGAUUUGAAUCAUUUCCCCAUAGAGUACUUAAGGGAACUUCUGGUGCUAAUCCAGCUAUAGUGCUUGCAUUUUUAGAAAAAACACUUGCAAUGGUUGAAAAGUAUUAUCUCAAGGAAAUGGGUACUAUCUCUGAUUACAAAAAGAAAAUAAAUGGAAUUUCUGACAAUCAAGUCAAAGCAUGGGACAUGCGAUACUAUACAAGCUUGCUAAGUUCACAAGCAUUUAAUAUUACCUCAAAAACGGUGAGUGAAUAUUUCUCAGUAGGUGCAUGCAUGGAUGGGCUAAAUAUUAUUUUUACCUCACUGUAUGGUGUUUCCUUAAAUGUAGUUACUGCUGGACCCGGAGAGUUAUGGGCAUCUGAUGUACAAAAAGUUGAAGUUCGUCAUGAAAGUGAAGGAGUAUUAGGCUAUAUUUAUUGUGAUUUCUUUCAAAGAGCAAACAAAUUUCCUCAAGAUUGUCAUUUUACAAUAAAAGGAGGAAAAUUGUUAUCUGAUGGUACUUAUCAGCUUCCUGUUGUGGCAAUAAUGUGUAAUUUUCCUCGCCCUGGUUUACAUUCUCCUUCUUUAUUAACUCAAGGAAAUGUAGAGAAUUUGUUUCAUGAGAUGGGUCAUGCAAUGCAUUCAAUGUUAGGACGAUCAAGAUUUCAUCAUGUUACGGGCACAAGAUGCCCUACAGAUUUUGCUGAAGUUCCCUCAAUAUUAAUGGAAUAUUUUGCAACAGAUAAAAGAAUUCUUCCCCUAUAUGCAAAACAUUACAAAACUGGUCAAUCAUUACCAGAAGAUAUUAUCCAUGCACUGAAUUCUUCAAAGAAACAGUUUCCUGCAAUUGACUUGCACACUCAAACCUUUUAUUCAAUUGUCGAUCAAAAAAUUCAUAGCAUGUACAACAACCAAUGUUCAACUAUGGAACUAGUUGAUUCUUUACAUAAGGAAUACUCACCAAUUACUUACGUACCAGGCGCUGCAUGGCAUCUUCGCUUUAGUCAUUUCCAUAGUUACGGUGCAAAAUAUUACGCAUAUGUUUGGUCUAAAGCUAUUGCUUCUCAAAUUUGGUUCAGCUGUUUUGAACAUAAUCCGUUAUCACGGGUUACUGGCGAAAAAUAUAGAGAGACAAUGUUGAGGCAUGGAGGCGGUAGACCUCCUCAUCAAAUGGUUGAAGAUAUGAUAGGAAAAAAGGUGUCAACAAAAGAUUUAGUUAACUCCCUUGAAACUGACUUAUAUUCUUUCUAUUAGUUAUCGCGUAAAAAUAAAUUAGGUUUUAGAAAACUAAGGUGCUAUUUAAAAUAUAUUUAUAAUAUUUUUAUAUAUUAUAUGCCAAACUAUUUUUUGUGGAAGAUUGUUUUUUAUGCUAGAUGAAUAGUUGGAGUCA